AUGUCAACUUACUCCGAACUUGAUCAACACAUUCAAGAUUUGAAGGAGUUUGAUGACAAAAAAACAGGAGUUAAAGGGCUUGUAGAUUCAGGAAUCGCAAAGGUCCCAAAGAUUUUCAUUUGCCCACCUGAAAAUCAUCAUCAAACCAUUAAUCCCAUUAAUGGCGGUACUCGCAGCUUGAAAAUGCCCAUUAUAAGUCUCGAUGGCUUUGAUCAGAAGGGUGAUGGUGGAAGAAGGGCUGAAAUCGUUGGCGAAAUUCGCCGGGCGAUGGAGACGUGGGGUUUCUUCCAACUGGUGAACCAUGGAGUUCCGACAGCCGUAUUGGCGGACCUGUUGAGAAGUACAAAAGAAUUCCACCAACAACCGGAUGAAAUUAAGACGGAAUACUAUUCCAGGGAUCAUACCCGGAAAGUCAGAUGUUAUUCCACUGGAGAUCUGUAUCAAACCAAAACUGCUCAGUGGAAAGACACUCUUUCUUUUGAGUUUGAUGAUUACCUCAACAUGGACUUAGAAAGCUUGUCUCAGAUUUGCAGGAAGGAGAUUGGUGCCUACAUCAAGUGCCUGAAUGAGCUGAAAAACGUGUUGUCGGAGUUGAUAUCGGAAGCAUUAGGGCUUGAAAGUGAGCAUCUUGCGAGUUUGGGAUGCUUAGAAGUCAGGAGGCUAGUGUGCCAUUAUUAUCCACCUUGUCCUGAGCCAGAGUUGACCAUGGGUAUCAUGAAGCACUCUGACCUAUACUUCCUUACCAUCCUCUUUCAAGACCAAAUUGGCGGUUUUCAGGUUUUUCAUGACAGUCGAUGGCUAGAUGUACCUCCCCUUGAAGGGUCGCUUUUGAUCAACGCUGGAGAUAUGUUACAGGUGCAAAAAUGA